GCGCCGGGGCGUACUGGAACACCGUCCGGGGAGAGCGCCUGAGGCCUUUGGAAGAGCCCAGAGGGGCGGGCCCUCCGCUGAGGACGCACUUCCCUUCUUCGGCAGGAAGGGCGGGCGCCGGUCCAACUGGUGCGCUCACUGGCUGCGCAUGCGUGGUGUGCCUGGCGACCCUACCGCGGCUUCGCGGCGGCAGAUUCGCUGCCCCGCCGGGAGUGCGCCUGCGCGAUCGCUGGGGCUCUCAACCUCCGCUUCCCCUCCCCCCGGCCCCCCGCGGGGGCUUCGGGGCCGGCGGGAUCAUGUUUACCAGCACGGGCUCCAGUGGGCUUUACAAGGCGCCUCUGUCCAAGAGCCUCCUGCUGGUUCCCAGCGCCCUGUCCCUCCUGCUGGCCCUCCUGCUGCCCCACUGUCAGAAGUUCUUCGUGUAUGACCUCCAGGCCGUCAAGAACGACUUGCAGAUUUGGAGGUUGAUAUGUGGAAGACUGAUUUGCCUUGAUUUGAAAGAUACUUUCUGCAGUAGUCUGCUUAUUUAUAAUUUUAGGAUAUUUGAAAGAAGAUAUGGGAGCAGAAAAUUUGCAUCCUUUUUGCUGGGUUCCUGGGUUUUGUCAGCUUUAUUUGACUUCAUCCUUGUUGAAGCCAUGCAGUAUUCAUUUGGCAUUGCUGCUGCUAGUAAUUUGCCUUCUGGAUUCUUGGCACCUGUGUUUGCUCUGUUUGUCCCAUUUUACUGCUCCAUACCGAGAGUCCAGGUGGCACAAAUUCUGGGCCCAUUGUCCAUCACAAACAAGACAUUGAUUUAUAUACUGGGACUACAGCUUUUCACCUCUGGUUCCUACAUCUGGAUUGUAGCCAUAAGUGGACUUAUCUCCGGUCUGUGCUAUGACAGCAAAAUGUUCCAAGUUCACCAGGUGCUCUGCGUCCCCAGCUGGAUGGCCCAGUUCUUCUCCUGGACACUCGAGCCCAUCUUCUCCUCCUCAGAGCCCAGCAGUGAGGCCAGAGUCGGGAUGGGAGCCACCGUGGACAUCCAGAGGCAGCAGAGGAUGGAGCAGCUCGACCGGCAGCUGAUGCUCUCUCAGUUCGCACAGGCGAGGCGGCAGAGACAGCAGCAGGGAGGCAUGAUCAACUGGAACCGUCUUUUCCCUCCUCUGCGCCAGCGACGAAAUAUAAACUACCAGGACGGCCGGCAGUCCGAGCAGCAAGCCUCCCCUCCUCUGGAGGUUUCCGAGGAGCAGGUUGCCCGGCUCAUGGAGAUGGGAUUUUCCAGAGGCGAUGCGUUAGAAGCCCUGCGAGCUUCAAAUAAUGACCUUAAUGUGGCCACCAAUUUCCUGCUGCAGCACUGACGGUCCAGCCCAGCCGCCGGAGGACAGUGGCGCCGUCCCCGGCCAAGCAGGCUCUGGCGCCGAUUCGCUCGUGGAGAGAUGGUGGUCCUUAACUCCAAGUUGGUUACCAUUAUAGUAUCAGAAUAAGUUUGCCAUUAAAUUAGCAUGUAUUUUCUAUCUUUAUUUUUUUAUUGGGCAUUUUCCUUGGUUUGGAGAAUCCUCAUUCAUUCCUACUGUGUUCAGAAGCGUUGAAAUCGCAGAUGUCUGCGGCAGCCACGUGACUCUCAGGAUGGGCCUCACUGCCGUUGUCACGCUCCUCACCUCACUGCGGUGCCCGAGCCACAGGCCGCCUGAUCAUCAGGCGUGACGGGAGGGGCACUGCCACUUCAGAAAGGACGUGUCACAUUGCUCUCUGUGGACUUUUUUAGUCACUGCUUUUUUCCCCAGCAUUGUGUUCCCAUCCCUUGGCUUCCCAGGGGCCGUGCAGUCUCCACCAGGCCUCGGGGACGGAGAAGCAGAAGCUUGGCCUGCUCUACUCCGGUCUGGUCUAUUCCAGGCCAGGGGAUUUCCCGACUCCUUCCCCCACUUCCAUUCAGAAUAAUGGUAAUAACCAAGUUCAGACUGGAGGUUCUGGAAGACUCCGUUGACAGCUGGGGUUAAUUUUGCUCAAAAAUCCAGAAUUAGCCACCACUCAGGCCUAGGGGGAAGUAGAACUGAGAGAAGAGCUGCUUCCUGGAAUCUGGCAGAAUUUGACCAGAUUGUGCAGUGAAGGCUUCUCCGGGUUCAGCCCCACAGAGAAGGAAAGGCUCGCCCACCGCCAUCCCCGAUGCGGGGCUCCCCUGGCCCGGGCCUGUCUCCGCGGCGGUGCAAGGCAGAGGCACCGCAGAGGCACGGCCAGGGAGAAGGCGACAGGCUCAGGGGCCCCCUGCGGGCGUACACAGCUCUGGAGCGAGUUGAUGAUUACAAUGUCAGCAAAUUGUGCGACUAGUGCGUUCCUCGAAAAGAGCAGCAAUGUAUCAAAUUGAUGCAAAUUUAGAUGUGUGAUACUUCAAUAAAGUUUUUAAUGUGUUUUA